UUCCCCCCUCCCCUUCCCCGACUCCCCUCCCCUCUCCCCCUCUCCCCCAUGUCCCCGGCCCGGGGGCGCACGCGUGCCGGCGGAGUUUCCACGAUCUCGCGAGCGUGGCACAGCUCGUCUUGCCCAUGCCCAUGCGCCCUCUUGGCCGGUGGCCCAAAGAAGGGGUCCUGAGGGCUGGGUUGCUCAGGAAGAGGUUGCCUCAGACAACGUGAAUCCACCCUUGGGCCCCGUCGUACCCUCGGGCCCCCAUGCCUCGGGAGCCGAUUUCCGAACCACCGACUUGGAUGCGGGGCUUUCUGCCUGCAUGUUUGCGUCCUCCCUGCCCUCCCUCGCCAGGUGGUCGGCGGGGGUGCCCCUGCCCCCCCCCGUCGUCGUCGUCGUCGUCGUCGCCCGCCCCCCAGGAGCGGCUCGCGAAGGCCACGCUGAUGUCCCAGCUGUACGACAUCCUCACGGUGUACGACAGCGACGGCGGCAACUCCCUGCAGAAGCACGAGUUCGACCUCUUCAUGCGGAACGUGGAGGUUAAGGAGGUCCUGCAGAACUUCGAGGUUGACUACACCGGCUUUCUCACAUUGGUGGAGGUCUUAUAUGAAGCUGGCGAUUUGGAACGCGUCGACACGCUGGAGUCUGACGAGAACUCAGGGAAGCAUAGCCGGCAGAGUAACCACAGUAUUAUGACAGAGGUGAUUCGCGAGCCAGCCUUAUCCUUCGACGAGAUAUUGGACUUAGUCGUGCGUUUGAAAGGCGGGCAUCUUCACUCCUGCAGAGCGGGUUGAGUUUUCUGUUCACGCUUCUCAUUGUUGCAUGUUUGGGCUUGCGUGUUCGUGCGCGUCUGCACAUGGUCCCAUUGUUGAGACAAGUGCGUAGCUGUAUUUCCAGCUCUUCUUUGAAAGGUAUAUUUAGAUUUGCCACCGGUGCAUCCCAGUACAUUGCCGGUAUCGUAAAUCAGCUCACCCGAGGCCCAGAGGAUAGCAUUGAACACGGCAGAGCUACGCUGCAUCUGGUCCAUUCGGGACGCGGGCAGACAAGAGGGUUUUUGGGAUCAGCUCGGCUUCGCCCCUAAGGGUGCGAAAACCAAAUUCAAAGGAACGGUCUUUUACAUCUGUGUCUCGGCCCCGGGACAAGCCAUCCAGAAAGGCACCGAAGGGCCCAAGAGCGGUUGGUGGCUGAGAAUCCCGGGCCUGGGCCCCUUGAAGGGCAUCUUCGAUAUUCAUCGCAGAGAUCUCGAACGGGUCUGAGGACACUCAAGUGCUUCGCGGCCUUGGCGCACCAUUAUUAUAUGGCGCCAAGCAACAUGAAACAUCAGAGGUUUUACAGACAUGUUUGCUUGUGAUUGGAGGUUGACCAAGAAGGGCCAGGGAGAGGGGUGGAAAUCCAGCACACGACAGGACUGGCAUCUCAAGAAACCGCAAUUGUACGAGCAGCGGGGCGGGUACUCAACCACGUGUACAAAGCAAGGGGAGGGGCGCAAUGUGUGGCUUUAGAUUUAGAUAUGUAUAUACUGCACUGGCAUUGUUGGACCGAUUGCCUGCAGAGGUUCAUGUACGUGUGACGUUCAAGGGCCGAUCUGCAUUCAGCCCUAACCUAUUUGUAGAAGGCGCGAGCGGGCAUUGCAACACAUGCCUGAGCAACUACUGGGUAAAAAAGAGCAGCUACUGAGUGAACGCUCGUAGUCUUAGUAUGCCUCUGGUGUUGCAUCACGAAUGAUUUAUGCGGACAUGCUCGCUUGCGUUGACAACGAGUUGUUUUCUUGC